ACGAGUUUUUGGGAAUUUCAUAGAGAAACGCGUGGAGUUUACUGCACGACCAGCGUACCCGUCACUCGCACGCUCGUGCUCGCAAUCGCCAACAAAUUUUCAACAACUUACGUUUUAACGUUGCGAUGACUUGACUUGAGAAAAUUAUAUCUACACAUUGUCGAUUUUGGUUGUUGAUUCUCGGUUUCUCGGUUGUUGUGAUUGUUGAUUCCUAUAUUAUCUAGUUUGUUUUCGCGCCUUUUUUUCCCCACACCUAUCUAUCGCGAAAAUUAUUCGUACGUUGCCGGUUCGCGUUCGUAUUUUAUACAUAUUUGCAGUAUAUUCGCUUCCGUAUCUAAAAUGGCGACAGAUUUUCCGGAAGUUAUCGAAUUAAACGUUGGCGGUGUUUUUUACACGACGUCUCUGAAAACGCUUACUCUGGAUCCGGAAUCGCAUUUGUGUCAUUUAUUCAGCGGCAAAAAGGAUCCACCUUUGAAAGACGCCAAAGGCAAAUAUUUCAUCGAUAGGGAUGGAGUGUUAUUUCGAUAUGUGUUAGAUUUCUUGAGGGACCAGGCGUUGAAUCUUCCGCAGGCUUUUCGCGAACGAGAUCGUCUUAUCAAAGAAGCCACUUAUUACGGACUUACCAAAAUGAUCGAUAUACUUAAACCACAGGCGGAUCCAAAGAGAGGCUACAUAGUGGUCGGAUACAGAGGCAGUUUCGCCUUCGGCAAGGAUGUGCUAUCGGACGUGAAAUUCCGUAAAAUUACCCGAAUCCUAGUCUGCGGCAGGGUGACUCUGUGCAGGGACGUAUUCGGAGCAACGUUAAACGAAAGCAGAGAUCCGGACCACGGCGAAACGGACAGAUACACGGCGCGAUUUUACCUUAAGCAUUCAUCCAUCGAGCAGGCAUUCGACAUGCUGCAAGAUCAAGGCUUCUACUUGGCCAGUAGUUGCGCUUCUGGUACAGCCGGCACCCAAUCGCCGAACGAUCUGAAGCCCGGAGUGGACGCCGAAGAAAGUCGCUGGAACCAUUAUAACGAAUUCGUAUUCUGUAGAGAUUAAUAACCAACCUCGCGUAUACUACUCGUAUAUGUAGAUAUUGUAUUCAACUUGUCGUCAUUAUCGCAGGCUGCGUACUCUAUAACCGCGAGUGCGAGUAGUAGGUGUACAGGUACGUACCCCGUACGUAGAGUGUAUUGUACCGUAUGUACUUGUACUGUAGCGCAGACGACUAUCCAUAACGUUUUCCAAACUAAUCGUAUGUGUAAUGUUAGACUUUAUACUCAACGUGUGUAAGAGUCGAUUCGCUAUAGCGUCCAGUUCCAGUUCCAGUUGUCGCCUAUAUAUAAUAAUAUGUACUCGUGUAUUAUUCAUUUUAUAGUCUCCGGUCGUCUUUCAAAAUUUAUGUGCCAGCAGUACACAUAAAGUCUAUACUUACCUAUCUACGAAAUAUAUAGGUAAAUUUACCCCAAUUUUUAUCCAUUUUCUUCAUAAUUACCUUAUUCUUCGUGUGCUAUGGAAGGAAGGAAGGACAGACAGUAGAAUUGUGUACACAAUACUGGCAUCUAAAAAGGAUGUGAACUGGGUAAUGGUCCAAACACGAUAAAACCAAUCAUAGAGCAUCUCCAUCUGCAUUUCUUCCGAAGCAUACCUGAAUGACUACUUUCAUGAUACAAACUUCUCGACAGUUACUUCUUUUCAGCAUUUAUAUAUUUUUAAGGAACCUAUGACUUGACUUUUUAAUUUGAGAUUUUUUUUAUUGGAAAUUGAUAAAUAAUCACUCGCAAGAAAAAUAUUCAAACCAGCGGAAAGUUUUCUGGACCGGAUGAAAAAAAAUCGAAAAUGCAUCCAAAAAUAUUCCAUCUGGCUAAAUUUGAGGGGCUGAAUUUCAUUUUUCGAUUUUCGGUGAUUUUUUUUUUUUGAAAAUUGAAUGGACUAUUCUUCGAAAAAAAAUCAGAGUCUCAAAUUUGGGAAAAACUAAAUUUAAAUUUCUACUCUAUUUUCGAUUUAUUGGUUUAAAUUUAAACCAAUUUUUCUCAUACCUACUUGUAGGUUUUGAGACCCAAUUUUUACAGUUUUUUCUAAAACAUGGACCCCAAGAGUAAGUUUGUGACUAUAAAAGCAGGAAAAUUAAAGGAUAAAAAAAAAUUUCGUCCAACAAGAGACACAAUUUGACAAUAUUCCGUAGCUAAAAUUGAUUGAGGAGAUUAGAAAAUUGAUAAAAAUCCAUCUGCGAUAUCACGAACUCAGAUUACAGUCGAUUUACGAUUUUUUCCUCCUGAAAAUCCUCUCAACAAUGUGCGAAUUCGAUAAAUGGGUAAUCGGAUAAGUAUAAUUCCGACACUUUUAACAUUUCUGUAACGUCUGGUGGAAGGAAUUGCGGAUGAUGCUACUGAUGCCUAGUCAUUUGGAAAUAAUACUUCAACAUUUUAUAAAUUGCCACGUGUAUAGAAAUAGAAUACCUACUCGUACACUGGUGUAUGUAACAUAGGGUACGUUCCUACAAGUUGAGCUAUAAUUUAACCCCAUACGUGCGAAGAAAUACGAAACGAAACGAAACGAAUCAAUAAAAAACAGAAUCCGACUAAAACAUAAAAAGUUGCGAACGCAGCUUAAAUAAGCAGAAAUUUGAAACGCGUUUUCAUUCUAUCGAGAAUUCAUUUACCUACCUACCUACCUACCUACCUAUAGCUACUGGUACACGAGAUGAGAGAAGAAUUUCUCCUUUGUACCUAUACAUUUUUGUCGUACUCGUACCUACCAACAAACCCUCUGUUCGGUAUACUCGUAGAUGCGAAUACGAAUAGUAAUACCUACUUAUACUAUGGCAAUGUGCAAAAAUAUUCUCGUUUCUGUGUCGUACUCGUACCAUCGUACCAGCACAGCUCGAAUUUCUCCCUCGCAAAAAACCCGACUCCAGCGGCGCAGCGAAAACUUUCGACUCGCAAAUUCUAAAAUUAACAACUUUUGCUCGCAUAGAAAGCUAUAAAAUUUCAAUUUACAUCUUCGAAUUUCUAUAUUUGGCGUAACUGAAAAGAAAUCUCGCCUUUUUCGACGCGACACGACGUUUUAAAAUAACAAAUUAAAGUUUGCGCGGUAAUAUCUUUUUUAUCGCGCUUGUUUGAACGAAACGCGAGAGACGAGAGAGAGAGGGAGAGAGAGGCAAAUACUCGUACCAAGUUGGAGAUGGAGAGCCACAGAGCAUUCGAAAAAGAGGGAAAUUACUUCGAGGCAUUCGGAUUGAUGUUUUUUCGCGUUUCGCCCGUGUCGUCAGGUAGCGGGAAAUUUUAUUUUUCCGCAGCACUUCUCUUAAUAUCCGUUUUGCCAUCGAAUACGAAUGAUUUUGAUAGGUUUUAUUCAAUUUUCCAAUACGAGCUUCGUCUUCUUUUCUUUCAAGACUCUCUCUGUCUCUCGGGUUCUUUUUUCAUAUUGCACUGCUCGUAUUUCGUUAGAUGAGCGCACUCCGAGCGUUUAUUUUUUAUGUUCGAACCGUACCGUAUUGUGUAGUGUGUACCAUCGAUUGAUCUAAAUAAAAAUAUCUGUAGGUAUGCCUUCGAGCCGGCUACAGUACGUUUUAUUUGUAAAUAAGUACUCGUAAAUAUCAACAUUGGUAUUGUUAGGGGUACGAUAUUCGUUCAGAAUAAGCGUAUUGGUGCUCCAUUCACGUGCAAACAUCUCGCAGGUGGCCUAUUUCGAAAUACAUCGAAUUUUAUCUCGUCUAUAUAUUCGGUUCUACCAAAUUCAAUAAACGAUUGAUUUUCAAAAAAUUCAAAAAUCAACUCGAAUAGCCAAAAUUCUCGGGUUUUGGAUAUGCUUCUUUUAAAACUCUAAAGGGAACUUCCGAUUAAGUUUUAAUUUUUUCAAACAAUCCCCUGUAGAUCAGGAAGUCCAGUCUGUGAAAAAAAGAGCAAAUCACACAAUGCUCUGCCAUGGAAAAAUUCAACAAAUGCCCUAAAAAUUCUGAAAAACAGUAUUUUCCCCUUUUUACAAAACUUUGCUAUCGCGUUGACAUUUUUUUUUCUCGAAAACUGCGUAUCUAUUGCAGAAGAGUCAACUUCGGAGAAUAAUUAUCAACUGCAGAAAAAAAGGGAAGGGGAGCUGAAAAGCUAUUAUCGUUUAACAAAAAAUAGGUAAAAUUAUAAAACCAAUUUCAUCAUUGCCAUGUCUUUUUUCUUACACGAAUGUGAAGCCUUUGCAUAGGGAUUGAAAUUCACCUAUUUUCCCAUUCGUAUGUAAUUUAUCUCAAAGCAGAUCAAAUAUUCAGCCCCGAGGAGUUUUAAAUUAUCCAUCAUUUAUCAUUUUUGAAGAAAAAAAUAGCCAUAAAACGUCCGAGUGUUGGGGUAUGGAUUUCCACGUAGCCUUCGUGGAACAAAAAUUCGACGUUCGGGCGUUUUAUCGUGAACAUUUUUUGAAUUUUUUUUCUUCUAAAUUCAAUUGUUGGCGUCUAAGAUUAUUAAGUAGAAUACGUGGGUGGAUCACUUCCCAAAAGUGUACCCCCCCCACCUCUCACCCUCCUCAUUUACGCAGUCGUCAUUUUGUAAUUUUCGCGAUUGGAAAAUAUUUGCAUAGCAAAAUUGACAAAACCAUGACUACGUGAAGGGGGUGGGGGGAAAUUUUUAGGACGUAGUCCACCCAGACAUUGUACUACAAUAAUCCUAAUUAGAUGCCAUCAGUUGAGAUUGGACAAAAUCAAAAAAAAUGUCUUACGAUGAAACGCCCGAGCGUCAGAUUUUUGUCCCACUAAGACUACGUGGGAAUUCAAGCCCCGAUGCCCGGACGUUUUAUGGCUAAUUUUUUUCGUUUAUAAAAUUAUUUUUGUGCUCGAACUUCGAUUUUUGAAUCGAGAAAGUCGGUGAGAUGCCAAAGUGUCCGACAAUUACUGAAAUACGCAUUUCAAAAAUGUUUCAAGACAUUCAACCCCCCCCCCUCCCUCCUCUGAGUUGAUCUCAAAAUCCAGUUGUCCUGAAUAUGAUUGCUGUGAUUGAUUCGAUUUUUUAGUUUGGUCAGGGAAAUUCGUGAAAUGGAAUAAUUCAGCUGUUGGGGAGGGGAGGGGAGGGUGCGAUAAAAUUUGAACUUUAAAAUAAGAGUCACCCUCGCCCCUUACUCUUCUCCGAUCAUGAACACCCGGCAACCGUUUGUGGAGUGAUUGUUAAAAUUCGGCGACGAUGACGUUUAGAAAAAUUUUGUAUUUCCCCUCCCCCUCGCUACCUCUCUCGGUAUCUGAAAAUUAGUAAAAUUGGUCUGGAGACUGGACACUUCGUAUGCUAAUCCAGAGGACUCUUUUUAGUUCGCUUGAAACACCAGGCUUUUGCUGAGGAUCUUUCUGAAGUGCUCCUGGCGCAGAACCCCCCUACCAAAAUGAAGUAUCAAAAUCAAUGUAAAACGAGUUGCGAAAAUAACACCUGCGAAAUACUCGACACCCUGUGUAUUUUUCUCUGAUUUUUAGGAUUGUUCACGUUCCACCUUCGCCCUGUUGCCUGCAAAAGUUACGAUUUCAAAGGAAACAGGGUGUAGAAAAUAUCUAAAGCUGCGUAACUCUAUUCACUUUACAGUUUACCUUUCGAUUUAAAAACCUUACAAGCUCUUCCAUUAUUUGUGCACCACUCGAAAUAUAUCGUACUACGAGUAUCGAGUAUAUAGGUAGAGAGAGAGAUAAUGCGGUCUGGAAUUCAUUUCCAACUCUCUGGCAGAUCAGUACCUCUACCUAUAUGGCUUAUGGCUAAGGUAGCUUCGGUUCAACAAGGUCGUUACGUACACGUAUACGUAUACGUUCGCUUUUGCUCUGCUGUGCUGUGUAAACUCGAUGGUGUUAAAUCGAAAACCACACAACAGCCGCGCCGACGAGCGAAUCGUAAAAAGCUUCGCAAAGCUCGGCAUACAUUUGAUAAAUGGGUAAUUUUCUUGUUUACGAUGUGAUAAAUUUUCAAAACUUACGCCGCAGCACGCUAACGCACCAUAAAAAGUUGCGUAGGUACAACGAAAAAUUCUCACUUUUGGUAUAGCUAUAGCGAUAGCGAUAGCGUUUGUGUUUCUCAUUCUCAGGGUUGGCAAAAGCAGCGAGAAGACGCGAGUAGUACCUACUACUACGCGCACGUCACGCUGAGUCGCGAUCAGACUAACUAAAUUAUCUCUAAAUUACGAAAACGUACGUUGAAAAUUGAAACAAAAUGAAAUUAUUUUUUAAUUUACGAAAACGUCGUGAAAUUUGAUGCGAGCGGAGUGCUUUGAAUUACAAAAAUAUAUAACGAGCUGUAAAGCGCGAGUACUACGAGUACUUCUAACUUAUUGCAUAAAGUUACAUGUCGGUCGACUCGUCGAGAAUAUUAAUUUUCAAAACUCUAUACUAUAUGUACGUAGGUACACGUUGUUCAAAAUUUCCAACAAGGCGAACGUAUCUCGUAUUUAUCAUCACGUUCGAAACUCUAGGUAUCAUUUUUAUUCACCGUUUGAGCCCUUUGAUCCCUACCUACCUAUACCCCUUGUUCCUACCUAUUCUGUACGCACUUUUCACCUAGACCUAUCUCUACGUGUUAUUCGUGGAGUAUUAAUCCUUUCAUAAUUUAUAAGUUGUCGUCUCUCCUGUAAUAUUUAAGCGAGUAAAACUUUAUAAAAAACUUUUCCAGUGUAAAUAAUUGUUUUUUUCUUAAUUAAAAAUAAUACAUACCUACCUUCAUACCUAUAUUAUUUACCUAUAUACUCGUAUGAAAAAUCUACGUGUGUCUUGUCCCUCGCAGAAAACCUGUUACGCUGUAUAAAACGAAAAAAAAUAAUAUAGGUACGAGUACCUACCUUACCUACCUAAGUAAUAAUAUAAUGAUUUUUUUUUCUAAUCAAACCUGUCAUAAGUAUACCUAUAAUAACUAAUUACUUUACCUAAUACUUUAUUUUAUAAGUUUUACAAAAAAAAUACCCUACAAACUGUGUUUCUUGCUAUACUCGUCGUAAUUUUGUGCGUAGCAUAGAGGCUACCUACAUAAUUUUACGCUUUUUUUUACAUAUAACAAAUGAGGUUCAUCCAUUCCAUAUGUAAUGCGAAUAAAUAAAAAAAAAAACCAACGUACCUACGUGUUUCCAUGUUCAACUAGGUAUAAAAGAGACAGAAUGAGAAUAUAAAAGAGAGAAAUAUAGAAAAAUCUAUUUUUAUUUUUUUUGUACAUACGUACGAAAUACCAGUUACCUGUUAUAUUAAUUUACCUUACCCUGUUUUUUUUCCUUCGUAUACCCGAUCGUGUUUAUCGCUAUUUUACAUGCCUGCUUAUACAUUGUAGGUAGAGAGGUAGUUGUUUACAAGCCUGCAAAAGAUAUUUUCAUUACUAAAAUUGCCUACCUAUAGAUACAUCGAAGGCGUUAUUUAAUCGCCAACUCGUACGUGCUUGUAUUAUGAAAAAAAAAGUCACUUCGCACAUAAAUCAUUCGACGAUAGCGAGGAAAAAAUAGUUAUCGAUGGCUCUUCUUCUUUCGUUCACACAAAACGUUUGUAAUGCUCUCGAAAUAGGUCUGUUUUUUAAUUUACUAAAAAGCCAUCGCUUUUAUACGAUAAAGUAAAAAAAAAAAGGCUCUCGCCACUCGCCGCCGAAGAGUUGAAAAGCUUUGAAAAAUUACUUAACUAAUAAGUAAUAAUUUCGAUUAGCGACCAUUAUUGUCUUCCUCGCAGCACAUAUCUCGAACUAUACCAGCAAGUGCGUAGGUAUUUUAGGCUUAGCUUACAAUUACUCGUAGAUGAAAAUCAAAUUUUUAAAAAUGACGAAGGCAACAAAAAUUUAUGAUGUAAUUACCAGAGGUCGUGCAUGAUCACUGUGAACGUUUCGCUGUGAUAAUUUUUUCCACAAUAUGGCGUCACUGACGCAUUCAUAGCAAUAUCCUCGAAUAUAGCUUCUUGAACCAUAUACCUAAUAAAAUUUAUAUUCUAAGUGAUUUACCGAUUUUUUUUUCGUUUUAGUUUAUCUUUUCUAUAUUGUUUGUUUUUUUUUUCGAUUAUAGUGUUAAGAUGAAAAUUUUGGUUAGUGUUACGAUGGUACAUAUUUAAUAUUGUACAAAAAUAUGAAAUUAUAUACGAAAAUCUGCCAUGUAUUAUACGAAUAAAUGAUGUAUAACUUUAAA